CGCAGCUCCAAAAUGGCGGCGUUCUGAGUUUUGGAGGAGGGAACUGGGCGUAAAUAAACACGCUUUAGACUUUUUUAAAACUUUCGGUAACAACACUCGCAUUUUUGUGUUUGUGACAUAUUGUACCAGGGAAAGAAAAUGUCAACUGACGGAAACAAGAAACAAUUCUGGAAAAGAAAUACAGCUAAGGUCCCUGGCAGCAUACAACAUGUGUAUGGUGCUCAACAUCCUCCUUUCGACCCUCUUCUGCAUGCUAAUCUAAUCAAAGUGGGCAACAAGCCCCAGAUGACACCGGGAGGGAAGCCAAAGAAAGCCACCACCUUCCAGGAGUUUGAGAGCAUCACCAGCGAUGCCUGGGACGUGGGGGACGACGACGACGAGCUGCUCGCCAUGGCCGCACAGAACCUCAACAUCGAGGUCGUCAUGGAAACCGCCAACAAGGUGAUUGAGAACCACAGCAAGCAGCAGGAGAAGCAGAGACAGGACGAUGCCGAUGCGUCAGAGCUGGAGGACCGAGAGGAAGAGGAGCAUGAGGAAGAGGUGGAAGAGCAGUGGGAGGAAGGGGAGGAAUUGACCCCUGAGGUGUCGUUUGCUUGUGAGCCCAGCCCGCUCAGUGAUGGCAGACUGGUGAAGUCACUGAGUGAGGCCCCCAUCGGAUCACCUAAGGAUGCGUCGCUCCACAGACAGCAGUCCCUGCCCCACCGGCCCACCAUCCCCAUGGUGGCUCGUAUAGCUGACCAGAACACCUCCGGGACCCCAGCCAUGACAGAGAGGGAGGCAUCCCGCCUGGACAAGUUUAAACAGGUCCUGGCUGGACCCAACACUGACCUUGAGGAAUUACGAAAGUUGAGCUGGUCUGGAAUUCCGCGCCAGGUUCGUCCAAUCACGUGGAAGCUCCUUUCGGGUUACCUUCCUGCCAACACAGAGAGGAGAGAGAGCACGCUACAGAGGAAGAGACAGGAAUACUUCGGUUUCAUAGAACAGUACUACGACUCGCGCAACGAAGAGCACCACCAAGACACGUACAGACAGAUUCGUAUAGACAUCCCCCGGAUGAGUCCAGAGUGUCUAAUGCUGCAGCCUAUGGUGACCGAGAUCCACAUUGACAUACCGAGAACUAAUCCCCUUAUUCCUCUCUUUCAACAAGCUUCUGUCCAAGAGAUCUUUGAGCGUAUCCUGUUCAUCUGGGCGAUCCGCCACCCGGCCAGCGGCUACGUGCAGGGCAUCAACGACCUCGUCACGCCUUUCUUCGUUGUCUACGUCUUUGAGUACAUCAAGGAGGAGGUGGAGAACUUUGACGUGUCCAGCUUGCAGGAGGCGGCUUUGCGAAACAUCGAGGCUGACAGUUUCUGGUGCAUGAGCAAAUUGUUGGACGGCAUUCAGGACAACUACACAUUUGCCCAGCCGGGGAUCCAAAGGAAAGUCAAGGCUCUGGAGGAGUUGGUCAGCAGGAUUGAUGAAACGGUGCACGUCCACAUGCAGCAGUAUGAAGUGGAGUAUCUCCAGUUUGCCUUCCGUUGGAUGAACAACCUGCUGAUGAGAGAGCUGCCGUUACGCUGCACGAUACGCCUCUGGGACACCUACCAGGCUGAACCUGAGGGAUUCUCUCACUUCCAUCUCUACGUGUGUGCUGCUUUCCUGGUACGAUGGAGGAAAGAGAUUCUGGACGAGAGAGAUUUCCAGGGUCUGAUGAUUCUGCUGCAGAACCUACCCACCAUGCACUGGGGCAACGAGGAGGUCAGCGUGCUCCUGGCUGAGGCCUACAGGUUGAAGUUUGCCUUCGCUGAUGCACCCAACCACUACAAGAGAUGAGUGUGGGCCCCUGACAGCUAGCUACUUGAACCCCUGACAGAGGCCCCCUGGCGGACAGAUGGAUGGAUGGAACCCCUCCUUGACUUUCUUGUCCCUCUGCAGUCCACAACCUUUGCUACUCGUAGAUGAAAGCAAAAACGUUUGCGCCACAAAUGGCGCCCUAUUCUCUACAAAAUGCAUUAUUUUUUGACCAGAGCCCCAAGUAGAGCACUAUGUAGGGAAUAGGGGGCCAUUUGGGAAGCCAUUGCUUCUUGGUAUGUGGGUACCGUUCUAACCGACUGUUCUUCUUGACUCCUCUUCUCUUUGUUCUUAACCAUGAAAUUACAUUUGUGCAACACUCCAACAACAUCAAUGCCUGUCCCAUCGAAGUAGACCCCAACCACAACAGACCUCCAGUCAGUGUGGUAGUGGAGAUCUAGCUGCAGACCCAUGGAUGACUGUUCUAGACUGUCCUGUACUGUUUGUCCGUGACUGGCCACCGUCCCCAAGGAACUCAGACCUUCUCCUAGAGGCCCAGUCACAUUGAGUGGAUCUCCACAGCAGGCGCAACAUGUCCCGAGACCUAAUGAAUGAAUUGUCUGAACGAACCGUGUGUGUGUGGGGGGGGCAGGGGGGCAGAGAGAGGUCUUUUGUACUUGGUUGAUAUGUCACUUUUAAUUCCUAAGGAAACUGAGGACACAUGUCGUCAUUCCUAGCUGGCAUCGAGUUCUUCUUUCGUGUCCGUGCUUUCAGUUCAAAACAAGCAGUCAAUCCCCCAGAGACAAGUAGGUUUUUGUUAAAAACAGAAACACAUUCACUUAAAAGUGAAUAAUUAGAUAAGGAAGUAUCUUAUUGUUAUGAAUGAUUUCGUUCUGACUCUGACAUGCGCCGCAGGGCUGGAUCUAAUGAUGUGUCUAACACUCGCUGAACUAUAUUAUGUAAGAUAUGGAAUAUUUGUCGGUUGGCUGAGGGAGGGACGAGUGUCGCGUGACUCUGCCUGACAUACGAUCAUCUCUGAACCUAGGACUCACUACCUAAUUGGUACUGCACCGUGCAGUGGUGAGCAGUCACCUUUUAGGCCAGGAGAUUUUCUAGUGUGGUCACAUGGCCAGAAAACUCGUACCCGUAUACGGGUUGGUAAUGGCAGAUUUGGGCACUAAUAAACAACUAAAUUGUAAUGCAGUGGCUGUACAGUAACAAGUUAACACUGUAUGGGUUUUGACUGACGGACAUUCUGAACUUGAGCACCUCGCGCGACCUUGUUGCAAAUGUGAAUGUGUUUUCAGUCAAUUUACCUGGUAAAAUAAAAACCAAAAAAUAUAUAUAUAUAUAUUUUUUUGUCUUUAGUGAGGGAAUUGCUGUACAUUUUGAAAGAUGAGAAAUACCGCUUUAAUGUCAUAAACUUGCCAAACACCCGUGAGUCCAAAUGUGCACUUCACACUUCCAUAUCAUAAAACUAAUGUCAUACACAGUGUCAACAUUUCUGAUCACUAUGUUUGAUAUACAGUUACAAGAUGAUGUGGCGUCAUACACUGGGUUGUUCUGAACCAAAUGAGCCUAAUAUUUGUCUGUUGUGAAGAAAAUUUGCCGCGGCACAUGCACCUGAAUGCACUCAAGACUCCGUUCUAUGUGCACCAGGAUUAUACAUUGCAUUCUGAAAGCAAGUAACAUCGUAUUUUAUAACUUAGCCAGUCAUUUUGGCAAUAGAACAAGCUUUCAUAUGACGCCCACCUGACCCAGAUUGCAAUUUAUAAAUGGACCGUUUUUGGAUUGCGUUAACAACAAUAGUAAUUGUGUGAUGAUGGGGAUGCAGGGUUGUGUUCCAAACAAACCAAAUACAAGUGUAUUUGUGCUAGUUUCUCAACGGCACAGCUAGGAGAGCUCAUGAAAUUCACCUUAUAGUUGAAGACUCUUCUUUGAGUCAUUAAAGUGCUUUGAAAUAACCUAGGAACUACGCACACUUUGGAGAGGUACAUGGCCACAAGGAGACACCAGUUAGUCCUCUCGCUCAAACCCUUGUCAUUCUUUUUGUCUUGUGUUGCACCUACCACACAUUUUCCAGGAAUGUACUUAUGUUACUGAAUAUAUCCAGAGUAUUUUCGGAUUUUAUCAACAAAUGCAGCGAAAGUACAGUAAAUGUAGAAUGCACAUCAAAUCAAGUGUAAUCAUUUUCCCAUAAUCUCCUAACUGUUCCCUUUCAACUGCUACCAUGGUUAUGCAUAUGCUUUUCAUAUUUCUUCUCUAAGAAACAUUUCACGUUAGCCGUGUCCAUAUAGUCAAAUUUCCAUGCGUGUACAAAGGGUUAAAAAAUACUCCUCAAAACCCAGAAGUAGGACCAUGAGUUUUGUGGUCAGAAAAAACUUCUGGACUACGACAAUUUGUAACUGAUCAUAGCCCAGAACUAGGGCCCAUUCAGUUAUUCAGUCUAUUCAUGAACACUGACUGGGGAUGUUAGGGUGGAAUAAGUUACCGCUCUCCAUUUGCCUUCAUUUGACUGCUUAGGGUUUUUGUUUGAUGUACCAAAUGAUGUGAUUAGUUUGUUUUUGCCUGGUGUAGAGCCCUCAAACACAACUCUGGACUCAACCCAGUUCCACUCCUAUUUUUCAUUGUUCCCCUCUAAUCGGGGACUGAUUUAAUCCUGGGACAACAGGUGGGUGCAAUUAAUUGUCAGGUAGAAGAGAAAACCAACAGGCUCCGGCCCGCGUGGGUUAAGAGUUGUUAUACCCCUUGCGUAGAGGGUGGAUAUACGAUGUAAAUUAGACGUUGAAAUGAUAUUAUGUACCACUUUUAUCGUCAAAAACAUCCUGCCAGGUAACGAUGAAGACCGAUAAUUGUUGCAUGAACUCCUCAAUGAUGUGUGUGUUUUAUGUGGGUUUGGGAGUGUGUGUAUAGAUGGGGCAGCUUAAUACUCUGUAUUUGAACCUCAACUUCUUUUGAUCAUGUCGGUAAUGUUGUUGCGCUCCAUGUCAGCUCCAGGCCCAAUUUCCUAUUCUCACGUUGAUUAGAAACUUUUUUUAAACUGCACUUGAUAAAAGUCCAUUUUCUUCCCUUUUUUGUACGAAAUAUAUUAUUUGGAAUCAGCUUUAAAAGAAACAAAUGUCUUUCUCUCCCUUUUUUUUUAUAUAUACUGUUUACAUGAGCCUAUUAAGUUGUGCCUAAUGUAGAGAUAGCAGAUGAUCAUCAUAGAUAUUUAUUUUACCUUAAUUUAAGCUCUGCAAAUGAAACAAGAACGUUUAUUCAGUUGAUGCUCUCACACUCGGUGUUUGCUAAGCCAUGACAGUAACUGCAUCCAAAAUGGCACCCUAUUCCAUAUAUAGUGCACUACUUUCGACCAGAUCCCUAUGAGCCCUGGUCAAAGUAGUGCACGGUUUAGGGAAUAGGGUGCCAUUUGGGACGCAACCCGAUGAGUCCACAGAAUCACAUCAGUAAGUCUAGCAGCUGCCUUCUCUGGUGUCCUUAUGUGUUUCAACUUGGUUUGAUGUACCGAACAACCCUUACACACACCUUCGGUAAAAGUCAAAAGCCCCGUAUUGCCAUGGUUACGGUGGUGACCAUGUGUCCGUCCGCUGGCUGGAGGCCUCGGACACACACACACACACUGGACGUUGCAGUCAGCAUCUCAUGGGGCAUGACCUAACAUGUUUGGUCUGCCUCCUAAAGCCUUUUUCUGGGGGGUUGUAUUUUACUGUUGCUCGGUUUCUUUUCAGAGAUGUUCAAAUGUUUCUGACCAAACUACGACUUCUGACUAAGACAUGUGAAAGUGUGAAUCUCAUACAGUGGAGAGUGAUCGUGAUUCUUUUCUUUUUUUAAAUACGUGUACAGAGAAUGAAUUUUGAAACAAAGAUCUGUAAAUAGAAAAGUGUAAAUAAAUGCUAUAUAUGACCAAA